UACAAAAUAAACGUGAUGUUUCCACAAAUACCAAACAAAUAUAUUUUCGGCAUGCAAUCAUACAAGCCUUUCGCGGCGAAAUUGAAACUUAUACACUCACUAUAUAUUAAAUGAAGUAAUCUAGUUUAGUGUCUUCUUACACUGGAUCUCGACAAAAAACAGGUUGAUCACUGGCUAAUUGUGCAGACGGAAUUCCAAAACAAAAUGAUAUGGCGAAUGUUGACAACGAAGAACUAAGUAUAUUUUGCAAGAAUAACAAUGUUAAGGAGUAAGGAAAAAUACAAGAUCUAAACUAAACAAACUAUAGUAUCCUCUAGUAUAAAUAAAUUGAAUCCAGUUUAAGUUUCGUCCGGUAUAUACUUUAGUUACAAUGUCAAUGAACCACUGUAUACAGGGCAGCAGCGAAGAGUUUGAAAGGGGGGAGGGGGGUAGUAUCAGAUUUGCCGACAACAUUUCCGUUGCUAAUUAAUAUUUUUCCGCCAAAUUGUUGGCGAGCGGGGAGAUCGCAAAAUUUUUUUCCGGACAUAAAAAUGUUUUUUAUAGCCUCUCCGUGAGAACAUGCAGUCUACAUUAAAUAAAGCUAUAAAGCUAAACUUAAUUCAAUUUGGUUGAAUUUAGUAGUUGCAGUGUGCUUUCCGUAUUCAUAAAAAUGUUUAAUAAGACCAAGCAUUGUCGAUUUUGAUACUGCAUUAUGUGAAGAUAUGGCUAUCUUCAGCAUUUAUUCCGUACCAUAUAAAUUAAACAACUGAAAAACAUUGUUUUGAGCAUAUAAGCUUUAAAAUUAUAUAUAUACAAUAUAACAUACUGGUAUACAAAUAUAUUUCAAUUAAUAGAAAGGGUUCUGCGAAAUAUGCAUGGCUCGCUGCUGUAUUGAUGUGUGAUUCGUAAGUUUGUGUGCCUCGCAUGGCUUGCACUUUAUGCAGACCCAAGAUUAUUGAAAAUUUGAAAUAAUAACGAUAAUAAAUUGACAUUUUCAACACUGCAUCCAUAGUAAGUCAUUUUGUAUUUUGCGUAAGAACUGAUCUGUAAUUUACGAACUCCAGUUCCGCGUACUUCCCAAGUUUGGCCAUGGACCAUUUUUUUAUAGCCUCACUCAAUGUCAAUGACCAAAUUUACUAUGCUUUAUUAGAUUUUAUUUUUGUGAACUGACAGUCAAUCUUCGAAAGGAGCUUAUGAGUUAUCUAAUGUGGUCAUUGCUCAACGAUUUUCCAUUACCUAGUGAUUAUUUUUUCACCGCGUAAAUCGCCACGAAAAUUGAGUAGGAUAUAUCCGAAAACCGCCGUCUCAAAAUCGCCAAAACCGCCUAACCGCUGUUGCACGUUGAUCUCCUACCACGAGACCUCCUUACGCGGGAGAUGGAAAUUAGGAAGAACGUUGUUGCUUACGUGCGAUGGGACACGAACAUAUAGAUAUAUAGAUAUACACAGAGAAAUGGAUUAAUAUAACAUAAAUAAGAACUUUACAACCGCCAAACUAUAAUGGACCCCCUUAUAACUUCGCCAACUUUAUAAACCAUACAAGAGCGCAUGCUUGCUGGAUAAUUUUCUGUACGCAAGUUGGUCAAACCUGGUUCUCGUCUUUUACGACAAUGUUUCUCUUAAAGCGCCUCUAUCGCGCUCUCUUAGUUGGUAAUGGCAUUGCGUUUGACAAUUGUCCGUAGCAAAUGUCUAAAGAGACAAUGUGUAUAGAGAAUUAUUAAGUAUUAAUAUUUGUACAGGUUGUCCCAAAAAAUGUCACUCUUACAAAACUAACAAUAUUACCGUUGUUGACAAGACAAAGCCAAAAAAUAUAUUUGACACAAAUAACGUACCUAUAGGUUAUUAUCUAUCAUUGGUUACAGCUGUCGGUUACACACAACGGAAUCAUUUACAUUUGGAGUAAGCAUGUGAGAAUAGCAAAAUCCCAACUAGCGUAUUUUAAUGGCAAACAUUUUGUGUCGAAUACUCGAUAUUUCGGGGUUCACUGCAGCUCAGCAACGCAUUUUUUUGGUUUUGAAGUACCGGCAGACAAAAAGUCCAAGGUAGCCAAGUUGAGCGUUUGAGUGGCCAUUUUGAUCAAACUUGGGAAAUUGAGCAAAAUGGAUGUGGAAAUCAAAAUGCAAUAUUUCGGAAUUGCGUGGCAGACUAUACGGUUUGAAGCUACACGACAGCUUAGUCAUAAACACGAAAUGUGUCAUGUUUUUACAAUUUUGCAUUAACUUAAAUAAUUACAAUACAAGAUGAUUCUUCUCAGAGUGCCAUUUUUUUGGAUAUACUGUAUAUUAAUUAUCAAUAUUUGUAUAUUUUUGUGUAUUUUGGUUGUAGAUUGGCGAUGGACACUAAGCGAGCAAUAUCCAUCAUAGGGACUGGAGAUUUUGGAUGCGCACUCGCCAAACGACUCAUCCAGAAUGGUUACAAGGUUACUAUUGGAAGCCGCAGUCCACUCAACCGAAACCUCCAGAAGCGUGACGAAAUACUUAAAGAUGCACAUCUCGUAUCUGUACGAGACUGUAUCAUCGCUUCAAACAUGGUAAUUGUCGCUAUUCCUUAUAAGUACGCAGACUCCCUCAAAAUCCAUGAAGAUUUUUUACAAGGCAAAUUCCUGGUCGAUGUCAGCAAUCCAUCCAAGAGAUCCAAAGAAAAGUCCAAUGCAGAAAAACUUGCUGACUUGCUUCCCAAAUCAAUUGUCAUCAAAUGCUUCAACACCGUAUCUGCAUACUCAAUGGGAGAUGACACUUCCAACGAACAUCGCCAGGUUUACGUAGCAAGCGAUGACUUGUCUGCCUUGGAAGCUGUUGCUCAAAUGUCCAGAGAUAUUGGAUUCGCUGUGCACAAUGCGGGCAGGCUUCAUAUGGCUAGAGAUCUGGAGUCUGAACCUCUGUAUCUGUUUCGAGGUUGGGGCUGGCCUACUUCAUUCACGAUUGGCUUGUUUCUGAUGGAGCUCCUCUAUCUGUUUGUUGUCAUGUACAUCGCGGUAGAUAGGUACGAUAUCAGUCAGAUACCAACCUACGUGCUGUACAAGGCAACUGGGGCGGUGAGUGUCAACCUCCUGGCAUUCUGUUACCUACCAGGAGUGCUGGCAGCCUUUGCUCAAAUCUACUAUGGCUCCAAACACACACGUUUCCAGCCAUGGUUAGAUAGCUGGCUACAAGGUCGCAAACAACUGGGAAUAUACUCUUUGUUGUUUGGCUUCAUGCACAUGAUUACGGUAAUGAGCUGCAUGAAUGGAUCUUACUUCGAUUAUCUCUUCAAACAACAAUACGUCAUUGUUGAAGUCAACGGCACAGAAGACACCAAGAUUCCAGUCGAUACCAAGAUGAACCUGCACGGUGAAGGGUGUAUUGCCACUGGGCUGAUUGCUCUCUGUUCAAUGGGGAUCAUUGGUCUCACCUCCGUCCCUGCUAUUGGGGCCCUAAUGAACUGGCGGGAAUGGCGCUUCAUCCAAUCUCAGUUUGGCUUUGUCUGCUUCUUGCUGACAGUGGGGCAUUGCAUGGUCCACGGAGUAGCUCGAUGGAUGAUCCAGCGUGACCUUCUCCUCAGGAAUAGCUUUAUGAGCCUGAUCUUGCCUUGGUUGACUCUGUUUCUAAAAAUCAUCUACUUCGUUCCUUGUGUACACAUGUACGUAUGGAAGAUCAGAGGAGGGUAUGAAAGAGGGGUCAAAUACGACUUAGAGAAAGGCGAUGCUGAAUCCUACACUAACAAAGCCUUGGACGAACACGAAACAUCAUUUGGUGGUAAUGAUGCAAAACUGUAAUGUAACACUUUUUAACUCUUCAUAAUUACAUAACCUAUAUCCACCUUUGUGUUUAUCGUAUAUAAUUGACUUUACCUAAAAGCUAUGGAUGUCAAAUUGGCUUCAUAUAUACUUUUUGUUGGGUACAAUGAAAUUUUGACAAUUUUUAUUCUGUUCUCUUUUUAAACUAAAUUUUCCGAUAUUUUGCAACAAAUUUACUUGGCACAUACCAUAGUUUAGGGAAAUAAGCUUUUUGUAGCCUCUGUGUUCACCUAAAUGUUCAUUGUUUUCACCGUUAAUUCUCGUUAUAUAAUAUAAAUCAAUUGAGCCAAUAUUAGUAAACGUAAUGUGUUUUGUUGAGCCCCUGGGAGCAUUAUGCUAGCCCAGUUUUUCGUUGUAGGCUCAAACGACGUGAUAGCUAUAAUAAUGCUGUGUUGUGUAAAAUUAAACGUCUAUUAUAUAAUUCUGAGUCUGUUUUCGUUGAUAUACCGCGGGAUAUAACUAGGUUAUUUACAUUGAAUAAAUAAUUUGAUGAAACUUGUGGAGAAAUCUCGACUGAAAGCCUUCAAAGUCGAUAAAACCUUGUUGGAAAACCGCCUCAAAAAUUAUAUACGUAGGUUAUAUACCUCGAACUUGGAAUAUAAGUCAGUUAUUCGCCCUCGGAGUCUACGGCACCUCAGCUCAAUAACUGACAUAUAUCCCGCAUUCUCGGUAUUUAACCUAUACUUAUAUAUCCACAUGUGUCUAGUAUGUACACGCUCUUUAUUCUUUCUGUCAUCUCUUUUUCAGCCAAGGACGGUUGAAUCGGAGAAAGGUGGGAAUGUUAUGCCAUAUGAACUAUAUUUCAACAUUAAAUGUUGAUCGUGGUUAAGGUGAACGAAGGCCGAAGCAUACGAUCCAUUAGUGAUACCCCCCAAAAACGCGCAAUACCCGAACAUUACAGCAUACGUGAAUUUACGCCUUCUCCCAAAAGCAUCGUUCUCCGUAGCUUAGUGGUGAGAGCACUGCUCCACAAACGCAGAGGCGUACCUAUAGGUUCGAUUCAUGCCGGAGGACCAAAGUUGCAUUUUUCGCAACGUUCCCGGUUUGGUCUCAAUAAUCGUAUGUUUCUGCCUUCGUUAUCCUAAACCACCAUCAACAUUUAAUUUAUGUUCAAAUAAAACGAAGGAAGUGCAAUAACCAAUAUAUUUCAACAUAUUUGACAUUUUUCUAGUUCUUUUUUUUUAUGUAAGAGUUAUAAACUGAGUAGGAGGUUUAUAACUGAUAUAUUGACCCGAGAACGCGUAGCGUCCGAGGGGCAAUAUAUCAGUUAUAAACCGACUUUCGAGGUUUAUAACUAACUUAUAUCACACUUGCGGAGGUUUUCCAACAUAUUUUGUCAUUUUCAAAAAUUUUUAAUGAAAAAUUCUCGCGUUUUGUCUACAAGUUUAAUCUAAUCAUUUAUUCAAGGUUUAUAAGCUAGUUAUAAACCUCGGAAGAACAAAGAAAACCGACGCAAGUGUGAUAUAAGUUUAGUUUUAAUAAGGUUGUUUUACGUAGUUCUAAAAUUAAUUGUUUAACUUUGUACUAAUUCGUCCUGUCAUCUUUUACACAUUAAUGUUUAUAAUUUGAAAUUCUCAACAAAAGGUUCGUCUCAUUUCGCAGCCGAUUUCGAUAUAUUCGUUCAUUUGUCUCACUAAUAUAUUUCAUAACAUAACAUAAGGAAUCAUUUUCGUCGUUCUUUUCUGCUUUUCCCCAACUUAUUUUUGAGUAUUAGCUAAGGGGCUGUUUAUAUCAUGGAGUAAGGAUUGAAUAGAGACGCCUCGCGCAUGUCGCAUUACGCAUUUUGGCCGCCAUUUUCCUAGCCAGUCAAUAACAUUUUCGGCCAAUAAACACGCUGUUCUGGCUGGCUGCUCCGCCUUUUGGCCAGUAAACUGCAUAAUUUUGCAUACAAAAACGAGGACACAUUGCACCGCUGAGCGUCCCUUUUGUUACUGAUCUUUAUUCUGUUUAUAUGGAAGCCGGGCUAGGCCGCUUAGCAAGACAGCCCGGUAAGCGGGAUGAAUUUCUCUUCUGUUUAUACUAUGAGAAAAUUUCAUCCCGCUUGGCGGGACAAUUUUGUUGUUUUGACAGUUGUUAAAAAUAGCUUGCAGCGGCAUCAUUGAACUUUCAUCCCGGCAAGUGGGUUGGCCUGUUUGUUCAUAUAAACGCACGAUACUUUUUACUAUAAAAUGAAUUACACUGUGAGAUCUCGCUAAGCUAGCUAGCCCGGUAAGCAAGCCAGUCCAUUCUUCAUAUGAGUAUUUAUAUGGAGAAAUUUUCAUCCCGGUAAGCGAGAUCUCGCCUUUCUCAUGCGCGAUCUCUGGAAGCGGGUCAGCCCGUUUAUUCACAUAAACGCACUGUAAUCCCCGAGCCGGCGGCGCGGAGCGCCGUUCGAGGAUACUAAUUCCGCCCGGCUAUUUACACCCGGUGUUCAGUUGAAAACAUAGCGAAGUGCAAUUUGUCCUCCAUUAUGUGAUGGACGGUCUUCGACGUUAUUGCGCAUGCACGUGUAAUAAUAG